AUUCUACAACGUUUGUCAUUGAUAAAGGCAAUGUUUUUCUGAUCUUUUGAUCAUAGUAUUUAGAAGUGCUGCGGUACCAAAAUGGUGAAGGUGUGGUAUAUGGAUAAUAAAGAAAAUGACCAACGUUUGGAGCAUCAUAAAAGCCCACCCGAAUAUUUGUCACUAGAAGAUCUUCACCAGAAAACAGGCGUAGAACACUUCACUAUAAAUGCGGACAGUUAUGAAGACGAUGAAUUGCUGACUGCUAUUCGUAAGGAACGGAAUUACUCAUAUGAAGAUGAAAUAACUUGCUCUAAAUCGUGCUUACCAGACUUUGAAAAUAAGCUGAAGUCGUUCUACACCGAGCAUUUACAUACGGAUGAAGAAAUUCGACUGGUUUUGGAUGGUUCUGGAUAUUUCGAUGUCAGAGAUGCAAAAGAUGAUUGGAUUCGUAUCGCUGUUAGUAAGGGAGACUUAAUAAUCAUACCAGCCGGCAUAUAUCAUCGAUUUACCUUGGACAUAGAGAACUAUAUCAAGGCAAAACGAUAUUUUGUGGGUGAACCUAUUUGGCUACCUUACAAUCGACCAUCUGAUAAUAUGGAGUGUCGUCAAAAAUAUUUAAGUCAUCAAGCAAACGGAUUUUUACCAAUUACUAAUUCUAAUUAAAUUGUUACAUCACUAUGUUUAUAUUAAAUCAAAUAAAUCUUCUUUUCGGAUAGACCUUCGGGCA